AUGAGUAGUCUAUCCAAUGGUUCAAUUAAUAAUGAUUCAGAAACUCGACCAACACAAGAUUCAGAUUCUUUAACAGCAGUAGAUUAUCUUGCAAAUCAAUUUGAAUUAGAAAAGCAAGCAAAAGAAAUUAUGCCCUUCGAUCCAAAUGAAUGUACAUAUACAAAAGGUGAAUUAAGACAAACUAUAUUUGCAUGUUUAACAUGUUCAAACGAAAAUAAUAAUAAUCCAAUAGGAGUCUGUUAUUCAUGUUCAAUUCAAUGUCAUUCAAAUCAUGAUUUAGUUGAAUUAUUCACAAAACGAAAUUUUGUGUGUGAUUGUGGAACAACUAGAAUGAAAAAUACACCAAAUGGAGCAUGUAAAUUAAGAAGGGGAAAAUCUAAUCUAGAAUUAUCUGCAGAUGACGUACCGUCAUCUUCCAAUACAUAUAAUCAAAAUUAUUUUGGUAAAUUUUGUGGUUGUGAACAGAUAUAUAAUCCGGUUGAGGAAACUGGUCAUAUGAUUCAGUGUUAUUUUGGUUUCACAUGCGGUGAAGAUUGGUAUCAUGAUAAAUGUAUAAUGGGUUUAAAUCCAAAACAAUCAACUAGAUCAGAAGCUGAUGGUCAAAAUUUAUUAGAUAAAUUAUCACCUCCUGGUUUAGAUGCCGGUUUACAAUUUCUUGGAAGUGAUGAGAAAAUACAACAAAUGAAAGAAGAUAAUGUAAAUGAAGAAGGAGAAGAAAAUGAAGUUGACUCAAUUGAGAAGUUGAAAUAUUUUCCAAAAUUGGAUCUGUUUGAACAAUAUAUUUGUUGGACAUGUGUUGAUAGAUUUAAAGAAAUUUUUAAUAGUUUAGAUUCACUAAUUCCCGGAAUAAUAGUUGAAAAAUUACCUAGAUUCGAAGGAAUAGAAUCAAUUGAAGAAUGGAAUCAAUUAAGACAAAGAACAACCGAACCAAAACAAAAGAAAAUAAAAACAGAAAACAAGAGUCAAGAACCUGUAAAAGAAAUGUAUUCGAUUUUCCUUGGGUCUGAAUUCAAAGAGAAGAUAAAAUCAGAAUUUGAAAAAAUGGAUAAGUCAUCUAAACUUUAUAAGUUUAUCGAGAAUAAUCUGCAUUUAUUCGAUGAUGAUCCUGUUUAUCAACCACCAACUGAUCAAUCAGAAGAGGAAUGGUCAACUACUGUUUCUUAUUUAGAUAUGUGUGCUGCUGAUGCUUUACAUACCCUCCCCAAGGGUAAAGCCAUUGAGUCGAUUGAAGCUUAUGAUAAAAUACGAUCUAAAUUAAGAGAUUUUUUUAAACCUUUUGCUGAACAAGGCAAAGUUGUAACUGAAGAUGAAGUAAAGAAUUUUUUUGGUAAAUUUAAUGAAGAAAAUGAGUAA